AUGUCUGAAACUCAAGUGAACCCCAAGGCUUUUCCGCUAGCUGAUGCUGCCCUGACGAACCAGAUUUUGGACCUUGUCCAGCAGGCUUCGCACUACAAGCAGCUUAAGAAGGGUGCGAACGAAGCUACCAAGACUCUUAACCGUGGUAUUUGUGAGUUCAUCAUCAUGGCUGCCGAUGUCGAACCGAUUGAGAUUGUGCUCCAUCUUCCUCUGCUGUGUGAGGACAAGAACGUGCCGUACGUCUUUGUGCCCUCGAAGAUCGCCCUGGGCCGUGCUUGCGGCGUGUCUCGCGCUGUGGUGGCCGCGAGUGUGACAACCAACGAAGCUCGUGAGCUGCAGAGCCAGAUCCAGACGAUCAAGCUGGCGAUCGAGCGUCUCUUGAUUUAA